AUGAUCACCAACACUUGUUCUUUCCUACUUCUCCUAAUUCUCCUAAUUCUCAAUAACGGCUCGUUCGGAGCCAGACUCCCACGGGACCUCGCCUUCGUCAAGACACAAGGAUCCCAUUUUGUGCUCCACGGCUCGUCUUUCCUUUUCAGCGGCUUCAACUCUUACUGGAUGAUGCACGUUGCAUCCGACCCUAACGAGAGGUACAAAGUGACGGAAGUUCUACGCGAGGCCUCUGCAGCCGGGCUCACCGUUUGCCGGACUUGGGCCUUCAGUGAUGGCGGGGAUCGGGCCCUACAAUUAUCGCCCGGGAUAUACGACGAGCGUGUGUUUCAGGGACUCGAUUUUGUGGUUGCCGAAGCUAGAAAGUACGGUAUACGCCUGAUACUGAGCUUUGUAAACAAUUACAAAGAUUUCGGGGGAAGGCCACAGUACGCGCAGUGGGCCCGAGCGGCCGGAGCACAUAUUAACAGUGACGACGAUUUCUACACACACCCUGUGAUCAAGGGUUAUUACAAGAACCAUAUCAGGAGAGUGGUUACGAGAUUGAACACCAUUACUAAGAUUGCAUACAAGGAUGACCCCACAAUCAUGGCUUGGGAGCUUAUUAACGAGCCCCGAUGUGAGACUGAUUACUCUGGAAGCACUCUUAACGGUUGGGUUCAAGAAAUGGCGAGUUUCGUCAAGUCCCUGGAUCGAAAGCACUUGCUCGAAAUCGGGAUGGAAGGAUUUUACGGUGACACGAUGCCACAAAGGAAACAAGUCAAUCCCGGUUAUCAAGUCGGUACCGAUUUCAUCAGCAACAAUCUAGUCAAAGGGAUCGAUUUCGCGACAAUACACGCGUACCCUGAUGCUUGGUUGUCUGGGAAAAGCGAGAACGAGCAAAUGGGAUUCAUGGAGAGAUGGAUGACGAGCCAUUGGGAAGACGCGAAGACAGUACUAAAAAAGCCACUAGUGAUUGCGGAAUUCGGAAAGUCAUGCAAAGAUCCGGUGUUCGAUCCAAACGAGAGAGACUUGUAUAUGGGCAACGUGUAUAGAGAUAUUUAUCGAUACGCGAGGACGAGAGGUACAAUGAGCGGAAGCCUGGUGUGGCAGCUGAUGGGAGAAGGCAUGGAAGAAUACUAUGAUGGGUACGAGAUUGUCUUGUCUCAAAGUCCCUCGACAGCCGGGAUCAUGUCAAGGCAGGCCCACGCCAUGACUGCAUUGUCGCAUCUUUUCACGAUAAGGAAAUCGACGCCAUGA